CAAAUCAAAGAGUCUUUAUUUAGCUGGCCAGCUGGUGACUGCUCUUUGUAGGACCCAUAACUGCCUCUGCAAGGAACAACCCCAAGCCUGAGCACUUUAGGAUAUUUAAAGGCAAAAAAUCACACCUGGGUUGACGUAACUGCAAGCAAGCAGGUACAGAAGCUGAAUUGGGCAGUUAGUGAGACAAUGCAGUGGGUACACUGGUACUUCCCAUAGGACUUUCCAGUUUGGCACAGCAGCAAGCAAGCAGAAGGGAAGGGGGUCAAAAUGACCCUAGUUGAGUACAAGUUAGAGAAUGGUUACUAACAUGUAGACAAUCAAUCUCUGACAAGGUACAUUUCCCAAGACACAUGGAAAGCAAAGAGAACAAUUUUACAUUGUAUAAGAAUUGCUAUUUUGUGUUUCCAAGUGUGUUAUGCUAGGUAACUAUUAAUGGGUACAGAGGUGGGGCUUUCCCAUGGAAGAAGCAUUUCUUACAUGAUAUGAAGUCUCAGGGUAAAAUGGAGUCUGUUUGGCUAUAUUGCCCAUAUAGCCUGGCCCAUAACACAUAUUUAACAAUUAUAAAAUUUAAAUUUAAAAAAUUUUAUUUUGCAGUUUCUGAGUUUGAAUACAUUCAUUUUUGCUCUCCUAAAAGUUAAAACCUAAAAAGGUAGUAGGGCAAAUGUUACAGCCUAGAGUUGGGAUAGGAAACGGGGAUGAUUGUUGGUAAUUGGAAUAUUACUGUGCUCUGGCUCUUUGCUCUCUUCUUGUGAUUUUGGGCCUUAGAUAAGGUUCAGGAAAAGGAAAUCUGUUUUUUCUUUUACUCCACUCCAGGAUAUUGCAAUUGGUGAUGUAUUCUUUAUUUCUUCUAUUUGAAGGAGUUUGUUGAAGAAAAAUAUGCUUCUUGAAUCAACUGCAGUCUCUCCUCUACACAAAGAGCUCUUAAGGCUACUAACAGGAUAGAAGCAAAUUACAUUGAGAGCUCAUUUGCAGCUCAGAAAAACAAAGACAUGAGUUUUGAGGAGUGAAGGUAUUAUGAUGUCGGCCAUGGGUGAUCAGGACACAGCCAGACAAUGUGGACCAAUUUCUUCAAACUGCGGAUUUUUUGCUGUCUGCUUGCAGUGCUGAUGGUGGUAGUGCUGGUCAUCAUUGUUACUGAGGUAGAGUACUUGGACCAUGAGACUGUUUCAGCCACGUUCAUUGACAGCAGCGGGCAAGUUGUUUUAUCCCAGGCUACAGGCAUUAGCCGAAAUCCCUACUGUGGCUAUGAACACCAGACUCUCUCCCGUCAGGAACGUUUGGAGGAGGACUCCUUGCUGGCCACCUUACAGGGGCAGGUACCUGAUGUGGGCUUAGUCCCCUUUGUGAAGAGCACCGACCCUUCUUCUAGCUACUUUGUCAUCUUGAACUCCGCAGCCUUCUUCAGGGUGGGAAGCCAACUGGAGGUACUGGUUCAUGUGCAGGAUUUUCAAAGAAAGCCCAAGAAGUAUGGUGGAGACUACUUGCAGGCCAAAAUCCACUCCCCCAAGCUUCAGGCAGGGGCUGUGGGCAGAGUAGUAGACUAUAAGAAUGGGUUUUAUAAGGUUUUCUUUACUUUGCUCUGGCCAGGCAAAGUUAAAGUGUCCAUAUCUCUGGUUCACCCAAGUGAAGGGAUCAGAGUUCUUCAGCACCUACAGGAAGAAAAGCCAGACAGAGUCUAUUUCAAGAGCCUGUUCCGUUCAGGAAGGAUUUCUGAAACCACUGAGUGCAAUGUAUGUCUUCCUGGGAGUCUGCCCCUGUGUAACUUUACAGAUCUCUACACUGGAGAGCCUUGGUUCUGCUUCAAACCAAAGAAACUCCCUUGCAGCAGCAGAAUUAAUCAUUUCAAAGGUGGAUAUCUGAAGGGUCUUCUAACUGCUACAGAGAGUGCUUUCUUCCAGAGUGGUGUCAAUAUCAAAAUGCCAAUCAAUUCCAGUGGACCUGAUUGGGUGACUGUGGUUCCCAGGAGGAUAAAAGAAGUACCUGAAGGCUCAGAAACUUUUCCUUCUGGGUAUUAUUACAAAGAUCAGUGGAAGCCCAGAAGAUUUAAGAUGCGCCAUUUUAAUGACCCUGACAACAUUACAGAAUGCUUACAAAGAAAAAUGGUGUAUUUAUUUGGUGACUCGACAAUCAGGCAAUGGUUUGAUUACCUCACUACAUUUGUUCCAGACUUAGUGGAGUUUCAAAUGGGUAGUCCCAAGAAUGUGGGUCCCUUCCUUGCAGUGGAUCAGAAGCACAACAUCUUGCUCAAAUACCGCUGCCAUGGUCCACCCAUCCGCUUCACGACCGUCUUUAGCAAUGAGCUCCAUUAUGUGGCAAAUGAACUGAAUGGAAUCGUGGGAGGAAGGAACACAGUGAUUGCCAUAUCUUUGUGGUCUCACUUCAGCACCUACCCCUUGGAAGUGUAUAUCCGUCGGCUCAGGAACAUCCGUCGGUCAGUGGUCCAGCUCCUGGAUCGAAGCCCUAGGACUGUAGUGGUCAUCCGGACAGCCAAUGCCCAGGAACUGGGGCCUGAAGUGAGCCUCUUCAACAGUGACUGGUACAACUUUCAACUGGACACCAUCCUUCGGAGGAUGUUCUCAGGGGUUGGAGUAUAUCUCGUUGAUGCCUGGGAGAUGACCCUGGCCCAUUAUCUACCCCACAAGCUGCACCCAGAUGAGGUUAUUGUGAAGAACCAGCUGGACAUGUUUUUAUCUUUUGUGUGCCCCUUGGAGACCUAGGUUGCCCUGGAGGGGACUAGAGGAAUAACAUCUGUGAUCUCCCCAAUUGACUUCCAGUGCAUAAAGUUUGUGGGUGGCCCCAUUAUGAGAUGGCUACCAUUAAUAUAUAUAAAACUUCAAAAAAUGCCGUACUUUAUAUAAUGACCUGUAAGGACCUUGGAAAAUGCAGGCUACAUUUAUAUCUACCUAUAGGAUUUUUUCCAAUCUUGACUUAACCAUGGUAGAAUCCUUAUUAACAGCAUCUACACACUAUAUUGCCCUUGUAACCAAAGAUGCUAAUGAGUUUUUUUGACCUAGCUUCUUCUGGGACUGGAGACUACUGUGUUAAAGCAUGUGAGAAAUGUUUUGAUGUAAAUGGAAGGGACAAAUUUGGUUGUCAGUGGAAGUGUUUGUGGCUUAUUUGGUAAAGGAAAUUGAAUAUAUCUGCGUGAAUAGUCCAAGUGGUCCAUCUUUAGGGGGUGAAUUAAAGAGGGUUUAUACUUAUAGGUUCCUAUGAACAUACUGAAGACUGCAGUGACCCAGGAGUUUCUCUUGAUCUACCUUUUCUGAAUUACUUGAAAAGGCCAAUGUGCUUGGUCAGAAUUUUAUAGUAUGGGAUAUUAAUAAUUUCCCACUUUUAUCUAGGAAAGAAGUGAAGGGGAAAUAUGAAAGCAGUAUGGAUAAAAUCUGUGCUUUGAAUUGAUAUUUGCAUUGGAUGAUUGUUUCUUAUUUGGAUCAGCUAAAUUUUUGUGUGAUGAAUAUUUAUUCUAAAAUAACCACUUUUGGAACUGAAAGGGGGAAAUCUAUGCCCAGAAGUUUAUUUUUAUGUUCUAAAGUUUGAGGGGUUUUAAAAAUUGACUUUUAUGUAAAGAAUGCUGUUUAUUAUUAUAAAGAUGUAGAAGUUUUUUUCUGCCAAUUUCAAGUGUUUCCUUUUUGGUUAUUUUGAACUACAUACCAAAAUUAGAAGCUAGAAUCCAAUUAGAUAUUAAUAAAAUCAGAAAUUAAAAUUCAUGACAGGUAUUCCUUAUUUAGGCAUAUGUAUACAUAUUCUCUCCCAUUCUCAAUUGUCAAUUUUCUUUGACUUUAUCUUACGUUUUUCUAAAAAAAAUUUUUUAGUUGUAGAUGGACACAGUACAUUUAUUUUAUUUAUUUUUAUGUGGUGCUGAGGAUGGAACCCAGUGACUCACACAUGCCAGUCGAACACUCUACCACUGAGCCACAACCCCAGCCCCAUCUUACUCGUUUUAAAUGAAUUGAAGUUUAUUUGGGGUCAUUUACUAAGUACUGUCCCAUGUCUAAUUUUAGUUGUCAUUAGGUAGACACAUGAGGAAACAUAGGUCGUUUUAGAGAUGACGAUGGAUGCUUAAAGCAUGAGAAGUAUGCACACUUAGAAGAAUGAGUCAAAUAAUUUGGGUUUUUAACUUAAUGUCUCAGAUCUUCCUUUCCUUUUCUUCUAAAGAUCAUCGUUUAUAAUGCAUUUUACGGGUAAAGAGCAUUUUUGUUUUCUGAGCCUGAAGAGGACCAAAGGAGUUAAAUUAAUUUUAAUGGACCUUAAGCUUGUUAUAUUUGAUAAAAUUUCAGAAUUGGGGUCUGUGCCUCCAGGAAUUGGGGAAUUAAUGUUUGUGACAAGAGGCCAGUGAUUCUGAUGCAGCAGUGGGGUUCUGCACAUGAAGAAACACACAGAAGGGGAAGAGGGAAGGCGGAACCAGGAAAGUAACACUGCUUGUCUACUAUUUCAAGGGCUUCCCAACAACUUACUUAAUUCUAAUCAUGAUCCAAUAGUGUAGGUGGUAUUAGCUCCAUUUUAUAGAUGAAGAACUUGAAAUUAGAUUUGAAUUAAGGUAUAUGGGAGACCAGCUUCUUACAAUUUUUUAAAGAAGUUUUAUUUUUAUUUUUUUGGUACUGGGGAUUGCCCUCAAGGGUGCUUAACCUCUGAGCCACAUCCCCAGACUCUCCCCCGCACCCCAACUUUUAAAAUUUUAUUUAGAGACAGCAUCUCAUCGAGUUGCCCAGGGCCUCACUAAGUUGCUGAGGCUGGCUUUGAAUUCCAGAUCCUCCUGGCUCAGCCUCCUAAGCUCCUUGGGGUGGGGGAUUACUGGUACUAUGCCUGGCAGAAGUUUUCUUUUUUGAUAACUUUUUGGCAUUUUCUCUAGAAGAACUGCUGGAGCAGGCUGAGGAGUCACUUUUUUAGGGCAAUUUCAUGGAGAAAGCAAACACUGUAUCUCCAAGGGUUUGGAGUGAGGCUGCUGCAACUGAUUUUCUUGUGACCUUGUCCAGUUUUUAAUUACUUUUUAAUUUGGUUAUAUAUUUUAUUUACUUACAUAUUUUAAUUACUUUUUAAUUUGGUUAAAGAUUUGAUGACACAAUUUCUUGAGGUAGUUUCAGUCACUUUCAUUCCUCCUCUGUCUUUCUGCACUGUGUGUCAACUUUGAUAGAGAUUGAAAUAUUACGUAAACCUUUCUUAAAACAAUUAGACACAGGUCAAGUGUCUCUAAUCUGAAAAUGUGAAACCCCAAAUUCUCCACAAACCAAAACUUUUUGAGCACCUGACAUGAUACCACAAGUGAAAAAUUAUACACUUGACCUCAUACGAUAGUCAAAAAAGAUGCACCAAAAAAGUUACAUAAAAUUACCUUUAGGGCAACAUGUGUAAACUGUAUGUGAAACAAAGUUCAUGUUUAGACUUGGGUCAUGUCACUGGGCUAUCUCAUAUAAAUAUGCAGAUGAUCCAAAAUCCAAAAUAUUUCAAACUCUGAAACACUUCUGGUCCAAAGCAUUUUUUUAAUAUUUAUUUUUUUUAGUUGUCAUUGGACACAAUAUUUUAUUUUAUUUAUUUAUUUUUAUGUGGUGCUGAGGAUUGAACCCAGGGCCUCGCAGGUGCUAGGCGAGCCACAAUCCCAGAUCCUGGUCCCAAGCAUUUUGAAUGAGGAAAAUUUAACCUGCACAAUACUUUUCUGAAAAUUUUAUUUUAGGAUAGCAUCACAUAGUUCUAUGUAUUAGCAUUUCGGCCAAAAAGUGGUUUUAAAUAUAUAUAUUUCUCAUUAUAAAAAUUAAGGCCAUCAUAGAGUACAAAAUCUAGAAGAAAAAAUCCGGAUUAAAAAAUCUAUAGUUCUAUCACAGGAAUGCAAUGAACAUCAGCAUUUUUAUAUAUUUUCUUCUAGGAUUUUAAACCACAUACAGUGGGCCUUUCAUAUCUGUAGAUUCAACAAACUUCAGAUAGAAAUAUUUGGGAAAAAUUGCAUCUGUACUGAACACAUACAGACUUUCCUGGUUCUUACUCUCUAUACAACAUAGAACAACACUUAUUUGCAUAGCAUUUACGUUGUAUUAGAUAUUACAAGUAAUCUAGAGAUGACUUAUUAGAUUAGAUGGGAGGAUGAACAUAAAUUAUAUAAUACCAUCUUACUAAGGACUUGAGCAGCCUCAGAUUUUGGUAUUUGGAAGGGUUCUAGAACCAAAAUACAGAGAGACAACUGUAGCUAAUAGAGAAUAUGUAAUUUGGAUAUGUUUUUUAAUUUAAAAUAUAAAUAUUUUCUGUUAAAUAGCCUUAAAAAUUAUAAAGAUCUGCCCAAUAGUUAUAUUAAUGAUGUUAAUAUUACCUAAGUUGGCCGUUAUGGUUGAAUGUUUUGGCUUAUAAUAAAAUAUUAAAGCAAUGUUUUAUAUAUAAUUUCAUUGGAUUAAAAUAUGGACUUUUA